UAAUGAAUUUGGACUCCCAGUGAAUGAUGUCAUAUUAGCAAGUCACGCCAGGUCAAACUCAGGUUCAGCUGACAUCAAUAAUUUUGAUUUCUGGUGAGGGCCAAUCUAAGCAUAUUUUCCUUAUUCUUGGAAAUUUGUUGUGCUGAAGUGGGAAAUGAACAGGUUAAAAAUCUUGCUCUGCCAUGCUCCCUUAAAAUAAGCAGUUUUAUUACCACAACAAUUUCCAUUUUGCUUUUUGCAGGUAAGUUGAAAUUCUGACUUGUUUCUCUUGUUCAACGGUCCAGGUGUUAUAUCUUCAAUUCAUAUUUUUUGCCUUUCCCAAUAAAUGCAACAAAAGGUGUACAAGUUGAUUCAAUAUGAAUUAACAGAUGAAGUUGAUUUGUUACUUCUAAAGACAAGGUUGAUUCAUUACAUGUGAGAAGUCGUUUUUAGUUGAUACUGGAACCACUUCAGUCUGUGAGAGCAGUCAUGUAGCCCAUGCAGCCCUUGCUCUGGAUCUAACUUGGUCAAAUAAUUUUUAUUUGAAAUCUAUAAUUUCUUUUUUUAUUUAAUAUGUAAAGUUUUUAGGGAUUUAAUUAAGGUAUUACGUAGUCAAUCAAUUUGACUGAUGUGCAACUAAUUUGUUCAUAGUAAUUAACUAUUGAAAAUUAAAAAAUGGUACAGUGUAAGUUUCUUUAUUAAGAUAUCUUAUUUCAAUUUUAGAUGCUAUGCAAAGUUGUUUUUUGUCUAGUUAAAUGUUUUUUGAUUGUAUAAUUUUCUAUUAAUUUUAAAUAAUUUUUAAAUUUGUUUUAUUAAUGUUUGCAGAUUAAAAUUAAGUAUCAGAGGGGUAAAUAACUGUUUGUUUUCUUCACCCUAUCACUUGUCAAUUCCUUGUAAACAACCUGCAUUUUAUCAGGUAUUCCACACACAGGGGUCAAAGUCCAGGUAGGAAACAGCCCCCACCCCCAUUGUGAUACCCACGUGAAAGUCUCUGAAAUAUGAUUCUUUUCUCUUUGUUCAAUGUAUAUAUAUCUUAUUAACCAAGCGCGAGGGCCGUACUGGGAGAAUAUCGGCCCGAGGUCUUGACAGUACGGACCGAGCGCAAAAAAGGAGACUGACCAUCUCCUGGAGAUUAAAUGGAGUUUUCUUUUGCAUUGUGUACCAUGCCUGUGUUUUUCAUACUGGUGAAUUGUGCCCUGAGUGAUUUUGUUUUUUGGGAAUAUCCCAGUCAUUCCUUAGUUGCAGAUCAAAGACCUCUGGUGAAUAGGUUAUCUUAAGAGGGAUAUAAGCCAAGUCAUUUAAACCUCACUCAACAGAAUUACUGGAUGUAUCAACACAGGGGGCCCACACAAACAGCGAUUGAACUCUUCACCGCGAAUGGUUUGUCCAAGUAAUGAAAGACCCCUCUUUUAUUUUGAGAAUUUUAUGAAGUUUCUCGAUCCUGGUGGCUCUAUGGCUGAAAAUCGUAAUUCUCCCAGUAAACAAGCUGAAAAAACUUUCAUAAGAUCUGAAGAAUACUGGGAAGAGCCAUGUGGUGCGCAGUUCUCCACCCAAGUAAACCUUGCAAGAGACAACAAUGAAUCUGAGGAAGCAGUGGCAGCCAUUGGAAGCGCUCCUCAGGAGAGGUCACUGUCAAGCCAAGAGGUUGAAGAAAAUGACGUAUUUCAGUACCUCUCGAAUAAGAAUGUCCUAAAAGAAAUGGAAUCGACAAAUGGAAAGAUCUUGGUUCCUGAUAAAGACUUGGCUGCCGAAACUUUUUCUGGAUGUGAGGUGCGAGUCCAUUCGGCCUCUUGCAGCGAAACACAUGGUAGGGAACCAGCGGACCUGGAGAAGAGGAUUGCACGUAUUGAAAAUUUUCAAAAGCACGUGGUUGAGGUUCUUAAAUGUCUUCGAAAUGAUUUUUACCAGUUCAAGAUCAAUCAUGAUCAGGUCGGUCUUGUGUGGAGUGAACUUCACCGAAUUAAUGCCAAAAUCAAUGGUCUUCUUGCUGAAGAAAUGCCUGUUCGUAUUCGUAACGAGCUUGAAGGUUUAGUGAAAGGAAUGGAACUAAACCAGAGCGAGAUACAAAUAUCGAAGCAUCGAAUAGAGGCACAUGAGAUAAUGAUAUGCCAGCUAACCGAAAAAAUCAAUAUGUUAUUUGUUCCUUAUGGAUCUCGUGCUGUACAGGGUAUCCAUGAGUGACGCAAAUGCAAGAGUUUUGAGAAUUUAAACAGUGUGCUUUUGAAUUGCCUUUGUAAUUGAAUUCAAGGUGUAGAUAGUAGAGGUUAAGCUAUACAAGAGUAGAUAAAAAGAAAAAUAUUGUAGGUAUCCUGUUGUUAGGUCUAUCGACCUAAUCAGUUGAACUCAUUGUAGAAAGAGAUAGGUAAUGAUGUGAACCCCGUGUUCUGGUCGGCUGUUAGGGGAAAGGAUAAAACAGUGUUUCUUAGUUAACGGUGAAGGCCUGUUUCUUUAAAAACCAUUUUUUUCCGGUCUAGCUAGCCAUUUCGUCAGAGUAUGUUCCGAGAAAAUCAUUUCCUUUGUUGUUAAAGAUUCUGCUCCCCCCUGCAACAAUGUUGCCAGCGACUGAAACCAUCGGGCAGAUUUACCAUGGUUGAAAUGAAUAUAGUAACAGACGAGCAGUGAGGAGAUAGUGUGUGCAGCGUGACUACAUCAGCUUGAAGUAACGUUGUCAAGUCUCUUGCUAGUCGGCGUAAAUUGGACAGUGAUAUGAAUACAAAAAUAGUACAAUAGUACACAGUAAAACGCAUUUAAAGAAAACCUGUUGAAAACAUUUGACAUAUUUUUCUUUGCUUGAGAUUUUAUAGAGUUUAGUGUGUCUUGCAAAACCCUAAAGAGCUAAAAAAAAAAACAAAACAAAACAAAAAACAAGAAAACAAUAAAAAAGAUUAAAAAAAUACAAAACCAA